AUGGGCGGCGAAGAUACGAAAUCAAGUGAGGCAAGAUUUACGAAUGUGGGUCAUCUGAGGCAGUUUACACUCAAUUCGGACUGGAAGAUUUUUUAUACUCAGUUGACGCAAUAUUUUGUGGUGAACAACAUCACAGACGACAAAAUUCAACAAGCUCUACUGAUCAAUUGUUGCACCGAAGAAUCAUACAAGUUGCUGGAGAAUCUAUGUGUUCCAGAAGAUCCAACGAAGAAAACAUUCAGGGAGUUGAUUACACUGUUUGACAAGCAUUUUGUCCCCCCCAAGUUACAUUUCCCAGAGAGGUAUAAGUUUUAUCAUGCAGUACGAGGGCGAGACGAAGAGAUAGCCGAGUGGGCGUCCCGAAUCCGACAUUUGGCGUCGAAGUGCAAGUUCGGGGCGGAACUACAAGUGGUACUGAGAGAUCGCUUUAUCAUGGGGCUUGGCGAAGGAGUUAUUUUAGAUCGCUUAUUGGAGGAAGAUGUGAGUAACCUCACGUUGCAGCAAAGUGUCGAUAUUGCGGCUAGUAAGGAGGCGUCGAGGCACCGUUAUGUAGUGGACUCAGAAAGGUCCCGGAAGAAGGAAGAGGCGGAAAUGUUCCAGUUGUCUCAUCAAAAAAGUUGGAGAGAGUCACAAGGCCAGGGAAGAGAGUCAAAAAGUUUAAGAAGAGGCAACGGUCGUGUGACAGGAAAGGCGGAAUUUGGGGCUACUUCCCAGCUAGCAGCCAAGUCAGGAUCGCAGUUAUGGUGUAAGGUUUGCGGUAAAAAGGGACACCAUGUCAGUAAGUGUCGUUAUCAGAAUUACAUAUGUCAUAUUUGUGGAAUUCGAGGUCAUUUAGCAGCGGUUUGCUCAAGCUCAAAGAAAGGUGGCAGGUCAAGUCAUAAUUUUUUGUCGACGGAGGCAGAAGAGACCAUGUUCAGGGUGCAGACGAACGAGGUCAGGUACGCGCCAAUUCAGGUAGAAGUCGAAGUUGGUGAGGACAAGUUAAGGUUUGAAUUUGACAGUGGUGCAUCUGUGUCGGUAAUUUCUGAAAAGUUUUGGAGUGAACAUUUUUGUAAUUUAGCAUUAAGGUCAGACGGUAAAUGGUUGUCCAAUUAUAAUGGACAGAAAAUUGUACCAUUAGGUUAUGUCGAAGUAGAAAUUAAGUUUAAAGAUUUGCGCCAUAAGUUGAAGUUGUAUGUCAUUAGAAACGGAGGUCCACCUUUACUAGGUCGAGAUUUUUAUUACAAAUUUAAUCUGGAAUUUUUAAAUAAAAUUGAGUCCGCAAAUAAUAAUAAUAAUGGGAGCGUCGCGGAAUUGUUAGGGCAAUUUCCGACAGUUUUUUCAGAUCAGUUAGGGUUGUUCAAUAGGAGCACCAUACGGUUAAAUAUUUCAGAAAAAGCACAGCCUAAAUUUUAUAAACCUAGGCCGUUACCGUUUGCAAUUAAAGACAAGGUGGAGCAAGAACUGGAGCGGUUAGUUAAGUUGGGAAUUUUACAACCGGUUAAUUUUAGUCAUUGGGGAACGCCUAUCGUUCCGAUCAUUAAAAAAGAUGGCACCGUACGGAUAUGUGCGGAUUAUAAAAUCACAGCAAAUUUAGCGGUAGAGGCGGAUUUGUUUCCUUUACCUAGGAUUGAGGAAAUUUUUGCAAAAUUGAAAGGAGAAACCUUCACGAAGUUAGAUCUUUCACGAGCUUAUCAGCAAAUAGGGUUAGAUGAACAGUCAAGAGAAAUUACGACAAUUUCGACGCAUAAGGGGUUAUUUCAGUACACGCGCUUACCGUUCGGGCUAGCAUGUGCACCAUCUAAGUUUCAAAGAAUAAUGGAGACGAUUUUACAAGGGUUAGAUGGGGUGUGUUGUUUUCUCGAUGAUAUUUUGAUUACGGGAGAGAAUUAUAGCCAACAUGUAGAGCGAGUGCACGCGGUAUUGACUAGAUUACAACAUUGCGGGUUAACCAUUGAAUUUUCGAAAUGUGCAUUUUUCCAAGAUAGGGUAACGUAUUUAGGAUACGUGAUUGACAAGACUGGGUUACAUCCUUGUGAGGAUAAGGUGAGAGAUGUCAAGAACACUCCACGACCGCAGAAUGUUAAGCAAGUGAAAGCUUUUUUAGGGUUGGUAAAUUAUUACAAUAAAUUUAUACCUAAUAAUGCGAGUCUGUUGCACCCAUUAUAUGAAUUGCUCAAGAAGGAUUCACAGUUUGUGUGGUCGGAGCAUUGCGAACGGGCUUUCGUGCAAGUAAAAGAAAUAUUGACAUCAGAUCGAGUGUUAGCGCAUUAUGAUGCGACAUUGCCAAUAGUUUUAACGACUGAUGCAUCAGAGCAUGGGGUUGCAGCUAUUAUUUCGCAUGUAGUAAAUAAUGUCGAAUAUCCAAUAGCGUUCGCUUCUCGAACGUUAUGGUGCGCGCAAAGGAAAUACAGUCAGUUAGAGAAGGAGGCUUUAGCAAUUAUAUUCGGUGUUACUAAGUUUCAUCAAUAUCUUUUCGGUCAUAAGUUUAUUUUACAGACAGAUCAUAAGCCUUUGGUUACAAUUUUUGGCCCUAAACGAGGUUUACCAGUUUUAGCGGCGAAUCGUUUACAGCGUUGGGCGUUAAUAUUAGCGAAUUAUGAGUACGAUAUUAGAUUUAUCAAGUCAAUGGAUAAUAAUGCCGAUGCGUUGUCGCGGUUACCAGUAGCAGACGAGUUUACGGAACCAGCUGCUGACUAUACUUAUUUUAAUUAUAUUUUUUCUAACUCAGACCUACCUAUCGACAGUGCUUGUAUCGCGUCGGAGACUGUGAAGGACAAGGCAUUAAGUAAGGUGUUGAAAUAUAUUCAAAAAGGGUGGCCGAAACGUAUAACCAAGGAGUUAAAGGGGUACGAACAGUACAAGAAUAAUCUCACCGUAGAAGGGAAUUGUAUUUUGUUUGGUUAUAGAGUCGUGGUUCCAAAAGCGUUGAGACAUAAUAUUCUUCAGGAACUACAUAGAUCUCAUAUGGGAAUUGUGAAAACAAAAAGUUUAGCACGUUCGUACGUGUGGUGGCCUAAUAUGAGCACUCAAAUAGAAAAUUUCAUUGCAAAUUGUCCAAAUUGUUUAAAGUUGCGUGAGGCUCCUGGUUUAAGUAAACUAAUGCCAUGGUCGAUUCCAGAUUCAGUUUGGGAACGGAUACAUAUAGAUUUUUUAGGACCGAUUUUCAAUAAACAAAUUUUAAUUGUGGUGGAUGCGUACAGUAAAUGGACAGAAGCAUUUGUUAUGACAAACAUCUCAACUCAAGCAACCAUUAAUGUUUUGCGAAGUUUGUUUGCGAGGUUUGGGUUUCCCAAAACCAUUGUGUCGGAUAAUGGCAGAGCUUUUACAUCGGAAGAAUUUGAAAAUUUUUUGCGAGUUAAUGGUAUCCGAUUUAAAAGAUCAGCUCCAUAUCACCCCGCUACGAAUGGUCAAGCAGAGAAUUCUGUUAAAACGGUCAAGAGGGCGUUAUACAAAUGUUUAAAAGAUGACAAUCUUGCAAAUUUUAAUUUAGCGCUAAACAAAUUCCUUUUGGAUUAUAGAAAUACGGUUCAUUGUAUGACUGGUCAAUCACCAGCAAUGUUAAUGUUAGGUAGGAAUCUAAGAUGUAGACUAGAUUUGUUACGACCCGACACCAGGGCUGUAGAUGUUUGUAAGGCAGGCUUGCAGCAAACGUGGCGUCAAAAGCAAGCUCAGGCAGUUAAACAUUAUAAAGCACGUGAUUAUCGCCACGUCAAGCCAGCUUGGUGUGCAGGCAGCAUUGUCAAGGUGUUAGGGCCGCGCACCUAUUUAGUAGAAACAACGGAAGGUUAUGUGUGGAAACGACAUAUAAAUCAGCUGUUAGUCAAUAGGGCACUACGGAAUGUACUAGAUAAGAAUGUAGAUAUUGAGGAUAAGAACUAUGUAGAGGAUAGGAAAAUUCUUUUAGAUUGUAAGAUUGAUCAGGACGUGCAGGAUAAUCAAACAGAGUUGUCAAAAGAAAGCUCUUUAGUCACAAAGCUGAGACGGCGUAGUCAAUUGAAACCGCCAGACCGUUUCCGAUACUAA